AUGGUGUUCCCUGUUGAUCUGCUGGAUAAUUGCAGUCAUGAGGAAUUGGAAACUUCUGCUGAAGAUUACAUGUCAGACCUCAGGUGUGGGGACCCUGAAAAUCCAGAAUGUUUUUCUUUUCUCAAUAUUACGAUUCCUAUCAGCCUGUCAAAUGUAGGCUUUGUGCCUCUGUAUGGUGGAGAUCAGACCCAGAAAAUUCUUGCUCUUUUUGCACCUGAGGACUCACUCACAGCUGUGGCUCUUUACCUUGCUGAUCAGUGGUGGGCUGUUGAUGAUAUUGUGAAAACAUCUGUCCCUUCUAGAGAAGGGCUUAAACAGGUGAGCACUCUUGGGGAGAGAGUGGUUCUGUAUGUUCUGAAUCGAAUUAUUUAUAGAAAACAGGAAAUGGAGAGAAAUGAGAUCCCAUUUCUAUGUCAUAGCAGUACUGAUUAUGCUAAGAUUCUGUGGAAGAAAGGAGAGGCCAUUGGGUUUUAUUCAGUUAAGCCUACAGGAAGUAUAUGUGCCUCAUUUCUUACCCAAAGCUACCAGUUGCCAGUUCUUGAUACAAUGUUUGUGAGAAAGAGAUACCGAGGCAAAGAUUUUGGGCUUCAUAUGCUGGAAGACUUUGUUGAUUCCUUUACAGAAGAGGCACUUGGCUUGCGGUACCCACUAUCCUCUCUCAUGUACACAGCUUGCAAGCAAUACUUUGAAAAGUACCCGGGAGAUCAUGAACUCCUUUGGGAAGUUGAAGGUGUUGGACACUGGUACCAGAGAGUACCAGUUACCAGAGCAUUACAGAGAGAAACACUUAAAAUUACAGCAGCAUCUCAAAAUGAAGCUCAAAGACCUGUGUUGGGAGAAUAUGGUCUUGCAUCUGUUCCAGAAUAUGAAGCGGGAACCGGAGACAAUCAGUCUAGUGAGGUGCAUCUGACUAUUGAUUCUCUGCAAGAUGCCUUUGCAAGCACUUCAGAAGGUCAUGGUAAAACACCUAUUUUAACUCAAACUCGAAGCAGUCAUCUAAAGCGGCCAAAGAUUGGAAAAAGGUUUCAGGAUUCAGAAUUUAGUAGUUCUCAAGGCGAGGAUGAGAAGCCUCCCCAGACUUCACCUGCAGCUUCAAUAAACAAACUAGAGUCUACUGCACGCACGUCUGAGAGCUCAGAAGAAUUCCUAGAAGAAGAACCGGAAGAGAGUGUGAUUGAAUAUGAAGAUGAAAACAGUGAUAAAGAUGCACGGCCAACACCAGAAACCCACCCAUGCCUGGAAAAGCAAGAUGGUGAAAAGGAAUCUGAAUUAGAGCCUAUGAAUGGGGAGAUAAUGGAGGAUACUCUUAAGACCUCGCUUAUAACUGAAGAGGAGGAUUCCGCUGUUGAUGUUUUAGAUGAAGAGUUGAAAUUGCAGUCCUUCAGCUCCAAUGAAGACUCUAUGACUCUUGUUCCACUGGUGGUAGAAUCUUCAAAGCCUCUUGAAGCUGUUGCACAGGAUAAGACUCCACACAUAACUGACUCAGAACCGUUCACAGAAGAAAGCCCGUCUGAUGAAAAAGGGCACACUGAAGAGAAACUGCCACUAGUUUCGAGAAAGCAAGCCCAUUUUGGGAGUUCAGAUGCUGCUACUACUAUCCCAAAUGAAGAACGAUCUGACAGUGGUUUUCCAAACUCUGUGGUAACUGAAUUUUCUGAAGAAUCGAUCUCUGAAAAUUUAUCACCCAACACUACUUCGUCUUUGGAAGACCAGGGAGAGGAGGGGGUCCCCGAGCCCCAGGAAACAUCUCCUGCUCUUCCUCAGAGUUCUUUGAUAGAGGUUGAACUUGAAGAUGUGCCGUUUUCACAGAAUGCAGGACAGAAGAACCAGUCAGAGGAGCAGUCCGAAGCAUCUUCUGAGCAACUGGACCAGUUUACACCUUCAGCAGAGAAAGCUGUGGAUAGCAGCUCAGAGGAAAUAGAAGUGGAAGUGCCUGUUGUAGACAGGCGGAAUUUAAGAAGAAAGGCCAAAGGGCAUAAAGGACCUGCUAAAAAGAAAGCCAAGCUAACCUGAAAGAAGAAAUGCAGAUGAUAAAUCCUCCUCUUUGUAACAUAAUUGUUGUUUUUAAAAUAUUAAUAAAUGCAUGGGGCACGGGAGAACAUUUCUAAAAUUUCAAUUUGAACUUACAUAUGAUGCAGUUUUUCUCUCCCUCUUAGGACCUAGGAUUCGCCAUUCUUUUUAAUUUUUCAGGCUAUUUUGUGUAAAUACAAUAUUUUAUUUUUAUUAACCAUAUUUCAAUUUUGGGAAGCCAGAUCAUACUAUAUUUUCAUCUUUAGCAGGUAGGGACAUCUGACCAUUAAUUUCAAAAAUAUAUAAAUUAGAAAAAUCCUGUGAAAGU